AUGCUCCCACCAAAUGAGGCCGAACGCCAAGAUAUAGUAAGGGCGGUAUUCGGUGAGAGUCUAACCGACCAUGCCAACAGUUCCAGAUUCAAAGCCUACUUCAACCACUAUUGUUCCGUUGUCUGCCCGGCCUCUUCAGGGGAUGCUGUGAUCGAGCUCGACACUCCGGCGCUUAGGAGCCACGCCGACGUUCUCAGUUGUAUUGAAAUCAUCGUCCAGGACCCAGAAAUCUCAUUCAACAAAUUUGUCGCCAAGGCAGUUGAUUCCAAGUCUACAGAAGCCAGUCUGAGAGAGAAAGAACACAUAGCCAGAGUGGCAGCCGAGGUUCCUUUUGCCAUCAACUGUACGCUCAGAGAUUAUUACUCGGAUAAUUUCAUAGAUGGCGGUUCUCACCACGUCAAGUGGGAGGAGGAUGUCUCUUUCCUCUAUUUCAUCGAGAAUGCUUUUAAGUUGGGAUCACAAAAAAUACAAACACCUGAGCAGCAGCGGCGGCGCGCAGAAACGAUGGCGCACAAGACAUCCCUUAAGGCUUGGAAGCUCACCAAGAGAUACGGCAUCAAGAUAAGGGGCACAGAUAAUCUGCUGGAACAUCUUGUAUUGGACCUCAAAACAAUGACGCUCAAAGUCUUCCAUCAAGUAUCAUUUCUAAGGGCACAUCUGGCGAAGAGCAAGCAGGAGCCACUCGACCUCAAUUUUGAGGAGAGUUUAAGAAGGCGAGGCACUCCAGGGACACUGCCACCGAAGCUUCUCCUUGAGACUCUACUGACAUUUCAUGAUGUCUUGUUUCCGGUUGCCAGCGUACGCGACAAAAAGUCGGGUGCAGCCCUGGAGACUAUGAUCCAAAGGCAUGGCUUUGAUGUGGAGGGGAGAUGGAUUGAGUUCGUUCGGACUGCUCCCGCAGAUAUGACGUUCGACUACUGGGGCGACCGUCUAUCGACCCUCCGCGAUGUUGUGAAACGACCACCGCCAGCGAAUGCUAUAGUCGCCUGGUUUGAGAGGCAUACAUCAGAGAGGAACGCGCUGACUGUAGCUAUUGUGGGCCUCUUUUUGUCUGUGCUCUUUGGAUUGUUAUCCUUCAUUGUUGGGUUACUUCAGCUUAUUUUGGCCUGGGUGGCGUAUAAGUACCCUCCAGUUCCAACUUCAUGA